CAAGGGUGCCUGUUUACUAAGCAAGGCGGAAGUCUUAGCCAUGAAAUAAGCUACUGGGGUUCUCAUAUUAUGAACCCAUCUAUCCUUUCGCAUGGACACACGUCGAUAUGGGUUUGGACUACAGAUUCAAACCAUACUUACAUCUCUCUCCCCGGAAAGACGACCUUUACAUACUUCAAAGGCGUCAUACAUCUCUACACAUCACUUCGUUUCCGCCUAUGACGGUCCAUCGCCGAGAUCGGCAUCUGUUUUUUUGGACCAUAGGCUUUUCAAAUGGCAUCAGUCUUUGUACAAAUCGGUUUCCUUCUGGUCAUUUCCUUUUUUUUUUUUUUUUUUUCAUUGGCUUCGGUACUCUAACUUGGCGGAGACCAUUACGACUUUACUAGGGUAUGAGUUCAUGACGACGAGAUACCCCCACGCAUUGCAUCGCCUUUUUCCUUCUGGAGUUUUUUUUCUUUUUUCCUUUCGGCUUUUUAUCCAUUCUGGUACUUUGACGUCAGACUGGAUUCGGUUUCUUUGCAACAGAAAAUACACAAAAACCCGGCAUAAAAAAAGGUAGUCAUUUCGCUGCUCGACCGGGCGAGCAACUCCUUUUUCUCGCGCCUAGCUAGCACCGACAACAUCUUGGCUAUGGUGACACCUAAGAUACGAUACUGUAU